UUCUCUCUAAUGGCUCCUCUUUGGAAUUCGCUCCUCUUGUCUCUGCUUCUCGCGACGGCGGCGGCGGACGAGGAAGCGCAGCGGAGAGAGGCGGACAGAGUGACGGGGUUGCCGGGGCAGCCGCCGGUGAAUUUCCGGCACUACGCCGGCUACGUGAAGCUGGAAGUGGAAGAGGAGAAGGCAUUGUUCUACUGGUUCUUCGAAGCGCAAAACGACGUCGCUCGGAAGCCCCUCGUUCUCUGGCUCAACGGAGGACCAGGCUGCUCAUCCAUAGCCUAUGGAGCUGCACAAGAGUUGGGCCCCUUCCUAGUUCAGAGCAAUGGCCAGUUAAAACUCAACAAAUUCUCUUGGAACAAAGCUGCAAAUAUGCUAUUUUUGGAGUCACCAGUGGGAGUGGGAUUCUCUUAUACAAACAAAUCAUCAGAUUUGCACAAGCUUGGAGAUAGAAUCACAGCUCAAGAUUCUUAUAAUUUUCUUCUUGGAUGGUUCAAAAGGUUCCCAAGUUUCAAACUCCAUGAUUUCUAUCUAGCUGGAGAAAGCUACGCCGGUCAUUAUGUUCCCCAGCUUGCUGACCUAAUCUAUGAAAGAAACAAACAUUCCAGCAAGGAUUCACUCAUUAAUCUCAAGGGUUUCAUGAUAGGAAAUGCUGUGAUAAACGAUGAGACAGAUUCAAAAGGGAUGAUAGACUAUGCAUGGAGCCAUGCGAUCAUUUCUGAUCAACUGUACCACAACAUAGUCAAAGGAUGUGGAUUCGCACUUGAUUCCAGCUCCAAUAACCAAUCAGAAACAGCCAAUUGUGAUAAUCAUAUUAGAGGCUUCUUGUUGGCUUACUCCGACAUUGAUAUCUAUAGCAUUUAUGCUCCUCUCUGCCUCUCUCCUUCCUCUUCUCCGACCACCCCGAGACUCAUCGGUGUCUCUCCUCGAAUCUUUACCAAGCAUGAUCUAUGGCACAAGCUUCCGUCAGGGUAUGAUCCAUGUACGGAAGAUUAUGCGGAGAAGUUUUUUAAUAGAGAGGAUGUUCAGAAGGCUCUCCAUGCUAAUGUCACCCGCCUGUCAUAUCCUUACACCCCUUGCAGUGGUGUGAUUGGGCAGUGGACUGACUCUUCUGAUUCUGUGUUGUCUAUCAUUCGCAAACUACUCAAUGCUGGUUUACGUAUUUGGGUUUAUAGCGGAGACACCGAUGGACGGGUACCGAUAACGUCGACGAGAUAUAGCAUAAACAAGAUGGGGUUGGAAGUAGAAGAAGAAUGGAGGACAUGGUAUCACAAGCAUCAAGUGGCUGGUUGGGUUGAAACCUACAAAGGAGGGUUCACCUUGGCCAGUGUAAGAGGGGCUGGCCACCAAGUCCCUGUCUUUGCUCCUCAUCAAUCCCUCUCCCUCUUCUCCCAUUUCCUCUCUACCAAGCCUUUGCCUCCUGCUCGGUUUUAAAUCGUCCAGUCGAGUUAGAUAUGUUCAAUAACUAUUUUAUUUCGGACAAGACAAACUUGCUAGCUUGAUAAUAAGUUCCUCGUUUUCGUUAUUUA